AAGGGACUCUUCCGAGGGUCCCCGAACGCACCACGGUCCUUGCUUUUCCGAGCGACUUCACUUCGACGAGCUCAGUGACAACAACAACUAAAAUAAUGAACAGCUCCACUCCCUCAUUCUCCCAAGUGGCGUUCAGGGACGUUCCACACUCGUACCCACCAGCCACCCCCGUCAUCUGCAGCUACACCCUCGCUGCAAAUUUCCACCCCAGCCCCCGAGAUUGGGUGGGCAUCUUUAAGGUGGGCUGGAGCACCACCAAGGACUAUCACACCUUUGUGUGGGUGGAGUCGAGCGGGGACUCGAGCCAGGAACAGUCAUCGACGAGGCACGCUUCUUUUAAAGACUACUACCUUCCGAAGGACGAGUUGGACUUCUACCAGUUCUGCUAUGUGGACAGCUCGGGUCAAGUACGCGGUGCCAGCACGCCGUUUUGCUUCAGAGUGCCGGACAGCGAGGACAAGCAAAGCGCGGAGAACAGCGAGGACAACGACCUGCUGGUCAUUACCACGCAGGAACAAGUGGAGCAGAGCAAUCGGGAGAACGCAGCGCUCAAGGACGAAGUGCGGCAGAUCCGAGAGCGGAACGAAGAGUUGGAGGAAACAAUCCGAGGGGAGAGACGAGAAAUGGAGAUCUUGAAGGACAAACAAGACGAACUCGUGUCAGAACUUCACCGGGCCGAGGAGCAGAACGAGCGUCUUCUGCGCACUUUGCAGGAGCAACGAGAGGAAAUUCAGCGCUUGAAGGAGGAGAUGUCGAUCCACGUGACUAAUCAGGUGCUACUCCAGGAACAGAACCUUGCUGAGAGCGCGCGGUCCGAUCCAAACCCAGAGGAUGACGGUGGACUGCUGCUACAAGUUGAGCGGCAACUCCGAGAAGCUCACGCGGCGAUCGCGGAGAAGGACGCCAUCAUCGAGGAGAAGAAGAACCUGACGUCGUUGCUGGAAGGCCACAAUCAGGAGCUUGCGGAAGAGAACCGAAAGCUUAAUUGUGACAUUGAGGAGCUGCAGAAGACUUUGGAUGACCUUCAAAUGCCUCCGCCCCCCCACUCGGUACACCGGGAUGCCGCCCCGGCAGCACCCCAUUGCCCGAUACGCCCGGAUCUGGCGGAGACGUGCGAGAGCUUCGAUGAAAACAUACCUGUAGUGAGCAUUGUUGAAGAUGAGGAAGACCAGCCGGCGCUGACGUGCCGCCAUUGCCUCGAGAGCUUCCCGGGAAGUACUCGGGCGGAGGUGGAGCGUCACGAACGCAAUCACCGAGUGUGUCCCUUCUGCACGCUCAUCUGCGACGGCAUGGAGCAGGCCGUGUUCGAGGACCACGUCUACAGUCACGAGAUGUGACCCGUGGAAAGACGCCUGAAUGCGCCGCUUGAUUGAUGGUUGGAUGGUUAAAAAUGAAUGUAGUCAAGCCAAAUUUGACAAUUGCACAAAAUAUGGCCACAACACUGAUGUCUUGGCACUUUAUUUUUACGCUUAUAUAAGAUUUACACUGACUACAUUGUAGCAAAGUUUCAUUUCUCCAGUUUUGCCCCCAAAAAAUUUACAAAACUGUGAGGGCUGCACUCACAUUUCCAAGACACCGUAGUUAGAAUACAACAGAGUUGUAUGAAAUAAAAUUACUUACAUUACACCCCGAGUAAUGUUUCUGAUGCUUGGCUUCCAAAAUGUUAUUUUACAAAAAAAUAGUUAAAUAUUUCACAAACUUUGAUGUAAGUGGGAAGCCUACGCUACACUAAUUAUUUGUAUGAAAUGAAAAACACUUAGUGCUAACUUAAGAUGGCUGCUCGGCCACGUAUUACGUUUCAU